AUGGAUGAGAAACGUUUGGUUAUACAACUUGUCAAUGGACUUCCGGAGGAAUACAAUAUUGUUGCCUCCUUCAUCCAACAAUCGAUGCCAUCUUUUGACACUGCUCGCUCUCAAUUACGCACUGAGGAGAUUCGUCGUGAAAAGCAAUCAAACUACAGCUCCCAUACUGCCCUUGCGGCUGCCAACAACCAGCGUUCACCUGCUACUUCUUCUUCCGUCACCAGCAGUUUUCACUCAGCGUCUGCCCACCAGCGUUCCGAGCCCAGUUCCCUGAUGGGCCACCAAGCUGCUCUUCUGCCAACUCCACCAGGCCCAAGACGUCACCCUACUGCACCCAACUGGGCUCCCCAAUGGACGUCUCCCCCAAGCCCAUACCCUGCUGUACCUUACUGGAGUCAGCAGCAUCAUCUCUCUGGUCGUGGCCGAGGUCGUCAGUUCCGUGGGCGUGGCCGUGGUCGUGGACGCACCUUCUCAGCAGCCCGUUCACCACAAGCUUACGUCACUCCUACAACGGAAUACCUUCAACCAUCGGAUAUUUCCGAAGCAUACAGCUCCAUGAGCAUUCGAGCGCCUGAUGAUGACUUCUACAUGGACACUGGCGCAACAUCACACAUCACCUCGGAUCCAGGAUUUGAAUUCGAGGAAGACUAUUCUCCGAUGUGA